AUGUGUGGAAAUGCAAAUGAGACUACUGAACAUCUUCUUUUUCACUGUCCUUGUGCCACAGAAGUUUGGAACCUAGCUCUAAAUCCAAUUUCUCUUAACAUAGACACUUCAAGUACCUUCUUAUAUCUAUACCAGAACUGGAUCAGGAAACCUAGAAGUGAAAUAUCUUUAGAACUUAUGCUAACAAAGAUGUGGUUUAUUUGGAAGGAGAGAUGCAACAGAGCUUUUGAAAACAAAUCAACUUCAGCUAGAUCCCUAUCUCAAGCAAUUCAGGGACACAUUUCCUUCUGGUCCAAAAAGGGAAGUCCUCAGAGUACAAAAAUUAACCAUUGCAAGAAUAAUUCUGUAAAGACCUGGCAGGCACCUUUAGGAAAUAAAAUUAAAAUAAAUUUUGAUGCUGCCCGGAUUUCUAAUAAUUUACCUUCAAGUUAUGUUAUAAUCUUAAGAGAUAAUGCAGGUGACACAGGAGGAGGAAAAGCUGGACAGUCCACAUCACAAGACCCACAAGAAGCAGAAGCUAUAGGAGUGUAUCGGGCAGAAAAUUGGGCACAAGAGACUGGAUUAGAAAAUUUCAGCAUAGAAGGAGAUUGUGAGAGCCUCUUCAACUACAUGAAAGGAAAGAAUUCUGACAUCUCUUGGCAUUGA